AUGCCAAGUGAUGACUGCCAAAUUGUACUUCGAACCGACAAAAUACCUUCAGGUGAACACGAAAGACGUUUUAGUUUACCAGUUUAUCCAUUGAUGUUUUGGAUGGGUGAAGAUGGAUAUCAUUUUGAAAUAUACGAAAUAAAUCCAGUUACAGAUCCAGAAAAAGAUCCUCAUUUAUUUGACAUAAAAAAAAAAAUAUGA